CAGGCGCGGCGCUUGGCCAAGCGCUCCAGCAUGGGCAGCCGGCGGCUGAGCGCGGCGGCGCCGCAGGUGGACGCGGUCCGGCCCCCCAAGCCCGAGAGCGCCUGGAGGCCGCCCCGGCGGGAAGGCUCCGCUGCGGCGCUGGAGGAAGAGGACGAAGACGAGGACGUGGUGGUUGAGGUGGAGGAGGAAGAGGAGGAGGAGGAGGGCGGCCUGGGGAGCGCCCCCCCGGCGCUGGCCGGCCACGGCAAGGGCCCCCUCCGGGGGAGCCUUAAGGCAGCCAACAUCAAGCGUGAAAUGACCUUCCAUGCAUUUCAACAGGAGGAUGUUAAAAAUGACAUCAGUCGAAAACUGCCAGAACAACAGUUUCUCCUGUUUACCACAAAGGAGGAAGAUUUAAAAACAGCAGAGACCAAAAAACUUAACAGAGCUCAUGAGUGUGAAAAGGAAAACACACGUUCUGUUUGUCUUCUGGAGCAGAAGCGCAAGGUUGUUUCUUCAAAUAUUGAUGUGCCUCCAGCAAGGAAAUCUUCAGAAGAACUGGACAUGGAUAAAGUAACAGCAGCCAUGGUACUCACCAGUUUAUCCACCAGCCCUUUGGUCCGCAGCCCUCCUGUCCGACCCAACGAAUCCCUGAAUGGAUCUUGGAAAGAAGGAGGAUUUGUGCCUUCUAGUACCAGCAGCAGUGGAUACUGGAGCUGGAACGCUCCCAGUGACCAGUCCAACCCAUCCACCCCAUCUCCACCUCUGUCAGCUGAUAGCUUCAAAGCUUUUCGGACACCUUCCCAGCCAGAUGAUGGUAUUGAUGAAGGUGAAACAAGCAACCUUCUCUUCGAUGAACCCAUUCCUAGGAAGAGAAAGAACUCCAUGAAGGUGAUGUUCAAAUGCCUGUGGAAGAACUGUGGGAAGGUGCUGAGCACAGCUGCAGGGAUUCAGAAACACAUACGGACCAUUCACCUUGGACGUGUAGGAGAGUCUGACUACAGUGAUGGAGAGGAGGAUUUUUACUAUACAGAAAUCAGGCUCAACACGGACUCAGUAGCUGAUGGCUUAAGCAGUCUUUCCCCAGUGUCUCCAUCUUUAGCAUCUCCUCCUUCCUUUCCCACCCAAGACGCAAUCCGUCCUGAAACUUCCUGUGCCAAAACCGAGACUAAAGUGAUGACACCUCUGAGCCGCUCAGCUCCUACCAACCUCUACCUCGUACACACGGACCAUGCUUACCAGGCCACUCCUCCGGUGAACAUUCCAGGGUCAGCAAAGUUCACUCCCAAUGGCAGUAGCUUUAGCAUCUCUUGGCAGUCGCCUCCAGUUACCUUCACCGGCAUUCCAGUCUCACCAACCCAUAAUCGUCCUGCAGGGAGUGGAGAGCAGAAACAGUCCCACACAGUUCUUUCAUCACCGCCUAGAGUAGCAUUUGGCUUGAGGAAGCCUAGAGGGGAGGGGAAAAAGUGUCGGAAGGUCUAUGGGAUGGAGAACAGAGAUAUGUGGUGCACUGCCUGCCGAUGGAAGAAGGCCUGCCAAAGGUUCAUCGACUAAUGAUUGAAAUUAUGCAGAGGAUUUGGGGAGGGGGAGGACAACAGCAGAAGCAGAUUGCUGCAGCUGCACUGAUCACUUCCCAUUUUCCCCUCCAGUGAUGUGGUGUUGGGGGUUUUGGUUUUUUGGGGUGGGUUUUUUUUUCUUUGGUUUUUUUUGUUUGUUGUUUUUUUUUUAAAGAGCUUUGUAUUUCUAAAUGAAGCACUUGUAGCCAAGGAGAAGCACUAAUUAAAACCUGUGUGGAGCAAUAGAGCGGAAAAAAAAGAAAAGCAAAACCAAGACCACACAACAAAAUCUGUCUCAGUAAGUGUGGAAACCAGAGCAGCUAUUAGUGUUCUUCUGUAAAAGAAAGGAAAAUGUUAAUUAUUUUGCUAACUCUGUGAGCUGCUUGCUCCCUAGGAUCAUUUUUAACCAUUUCAGUCUUUCUGCUGUGAACAUCUGUAUUUGCUAAACUGAACAAUUUUUCUUUUCCUGAAACGAAGAUCUCUUUUUGAAAGCUUUCUAAUAAACACUUCAGAGUCAUAUAAGCUACAGUUUUCUCAACAAAAGCUGUACUAAGACUGGAGACUGCUAAAUAAUUCUCCUGAUACAAAUGAUCAUGAUUAUAUUUUUGAAAAGGGCAUGUGGGGAAGAGUUGGGAUUUUCAUUUGAUUGUUUAUAGGAGAAAAGUAAAGCUGAUUUUGCAAGAAGGACAAGCAGCACUCCUGGAACUUUUUUAAAAGAGGCACAGACCAGUGGAGUGGAACAAAGUAAUUUAAGUACCAAAUUGGAUUUUGAUCCUCUAGAGGAAGAAAAGCAGCAAUGGCAAGUCACCAGCAGAUACUGUCACGAGAAGUCUGAGGGAAGAAAUACAGUGAUGCUUGAUUGAAACCCACAAGGAUAUAAGGGGGCUCCAGUAGCUUUUCUUAUUACUCUCCCCUUUCUGAGGGGGGAGGAACAGUUGGACCAGCACAGCUGUUGCUGCAGGAGGCCUGUGAAAGACUGGUAAAUGCAGCCAUGAGGAUUAUAUGUAAUAACUAAUUCAGGGAAAUGAUCCAGCCCAGCAGUUCUGCUUUUGCUUCCUUUUCUCUUAUUUCAGAGAUUGUUGUUAAGAUAAUGGUUUGUUCAGCUUUUUCUUUUAAAGUUUUACUUUAUACUAAGAUUUAUUUGAUGCAAAAAAUUGGUAGAGAAAAGAAAAUACCCUCUUUCCACAACAUCAUCUCAGAAAAAGAAGUACAACAGCAAAGGAGCAACAUAUUUGUGGUAAAAGACCAUUUCUUAACUCAUUUUGAUAGAUGAAUUUCUCUAUUUGCAGUGCUUGGAUUGCUUUGGGUAUUUCAGUUUCUCUGUCCAUUAGGAAGUAUACACUGGAAUGAGGCAACCUGGUGUUCUGUGUCCACUUGUAUCAAAUUACUGUUAAUUAAUGAUUAUUUCAGUGCAAAAAAUAAAGGAAGGAUUUACUAGGAAGUGAAUGUACAUGGCGAAAUAAUACUUGUCUGUUAAAGAAAACCAGACAUCUUAAAAAAAAAUCAAAGACACAGAAGCAAAACUUUGCCUAUUAAUAGAGACUGAAGGGCCACAAAUGCCUGGGUUAUUUUUUUUUCAUAACGUUUGAACCAAUUGAAAUUAGACCAAAUAUUUUUCUAUUUUUGUUAAAUUGUCUAAGCUGGCUCAUUCUCAUAAGAGGACUUCUAAGUAUCUAAACAACUUUCUAAAAUCUGGUCCAAAGUUCACUUGAUAGCUUUAUUAAGUGUGAAGCGCUGCUUGUGUCUGUGUAAAAGCACAAAAUAACAAUGCAGUUGUUUGGAAUAUAUAUACACUGUGGAUUCCAUAGGGUAGCAGUGAAAAGAAGAAUCUAUAAUAGGAGCUACUGAAGGUUAUCAUCUGAUUUUCUGUGAACAAGUUAAUUGGGCAAUCAGGCGCCUAAUUUGAGCAUGCUAUUUCUGCAGUUAUUUACAAAUUGUGUAAUUUACAUGCACAAGUGGCAAGAUACGCUUGCAUGCAUGCAAUUACUUGAUUUUUUGCCCAAUUGUGUUCUCUAAGUCACAAAAAAAAAAGAAAAACAGUCUCUGAAAUCCAGUAAGACCCUGAGAUAUAUGCACAUAUGAGUGUAUAUGAGUAUUUUUGCAUGUGUGUGUGUAUAUACAUGUAAAACUAUAUAUAUUAUAUAGUUUUAUAUGUGUAUAUAAAAUCUGAAGUUAACAGGGAAGAGAAAGAUUGUUUUCUUUACAAAUAACAAAAAAAAAGACACUAAAGGUCAGCAGAUAUACAUAGACACUGUAUUAUCUUCUUUCCUCUUAGUAUACAUGGAUUUUCCUUACAUGUUGUAUUUUUUCAAUUUCCAUGGUUAAAUACCUCAUAGUAAUUCAUAGACAUUUCAUCUUCAAACACUGGGCUUGCUGAUGGUGUACUUGCUUUGAUAAAACUCAAAAAAAUUGUGACUUUCCUAAGAUAUUCCUGCCAAUUUGUUCCCUGCCUCCCAUUUUAAAGGCACUUCAAAAGUAUAAAGUGUUCCAUAAUUUGACUGUUAUUGGACUAACAGUAUUUGCCAAUAUAUUUGCUUUGGAGGAUUCUUGAAAAUAAUGUAUCAGAUUGUAUAUUGUUUCUAUAAUGUCAUGGCAUUGUGAGCAACUUUCCCGAGGGCACUUUAGGAAUUAUUGUAAUAAGAUUAUUCUUUAUAAAUUUCUGCACAGAAGAAUGGUUUUGUUGCCAGACCACAUUGCCCUCUGGUACAAAUUGAAUAUGGAUUACAUAAAGGACUAAAGCCACAAACCAUCAAAACUGGAGAGAAAGUUGGUGUUGAUGAGUCAGAAGGUAUUGAUAAAUCCUGCAGGACAAAGCUAAAUUACCAGUAUUUUUACUCAACCUUUAAUCAGUGGUUUAUAUUAAAUCAGUUUUGGAUCCUGUGGCUGUGGCAUUUUGAUUCACAAGUAGGCACCUGUUGAGGUACCGUGUCUGAGGCAAGGCCGUGCAGAGCUUCUGCAGUCACUUUGUGCUUUGAGCUCAGUUAACUCACGUUGCACGAGCAGUUCAGCGCCUGCCGAGAUCCCCUGUGUGAUCCUCACACAGCCAGCAAGGACAGAAGUGUCAGCUGAGCCUUGCUUCUGCUGGCAGUACUGAUCAUAAUCUGGAGUGAUCGUGUCCAUUUUUCAGUCUCUUGUUUCUGUGUUGCUUUGGGCUGUGUCGCUGUCCUCCUAACACCUAAUUUAUCUCACACUUUGUACUGACCAAAAUAAGCAGAUUUCUUUGUUCUCCUGAGGAGGAGCUAGCCUGAGUGCUGAGGUCAUUUAUUGUCAUCACUACAUGUGAUGACAGUUCCAGUUUUUGGUUUCUCUGGGGGAGGUAGGUCAUUGUCUCUGACCCCCCAGAGAAGUCAGAGGGAAUGUCUUGAACACAUCAUGCAGUGUCUAUGUGCUACAGGGAACUGGAUGGUGGUUUAUCUAUGUCAAGAACCAGAACCUGAUAUAAAAAUUUAAGGAUCUGUUUUAUUGACAUUGGUAACAGAAAUUGCCAGCAUCAGUAUCAGAGUGGAGAUCAACCAUACUCAUCCCAAAUAUUUUUCUUUAGGGGUUUCAUUGUUAAAACAAAGCUAUUUCCCAAUUCCCCAUUCACCCCAUUUCCCAAAAGAUUUGGAAAACUAGAUAAUUUUAGAAGUGGGAAAUUUUAAUGGCAAUUUUCAAUACUGACUGUGCUCCAGCUGCUCCUCUGUGAAGUUAUUGAACAUUAAAACUCAGAUCAUCUUAGUCAUAAAAGGGUUUCCACACAAAACAAUGUGCCUGAUUCUCUAGUGCCUUGCACAAACGCUACAGGAUAUACAAGAUGCAAAGUGAGUAAAAUUUCUUCUGUUCCAAUUUGCAGGUUUACACUUUUAACCAAUACCAGUCAUCACCUAGCACGUACCUGUUGGCAGGUCAGCCCUGCUUGUGUGACUAAGCUGAGCAGAAUGCCUGUCUGUCAGAUUACUUUUUCCAAAUCCUUAGCCUGGUAUGAAUGUUAGCUGUCUAAUUAUCUACAGGUUCCUUGCAGUCAUUGGCUAUCUUUAUUCCUUGUCCCUUUUGUUUUUCACAAUAAUGGCUAGAUAGGCACCACAAGAGGAGGUAAAGCUUUAGCCAAAAGCUCUUGUAGAACCUGCACCAUAGAUUCCAGCACCAUGCAAUGUCCCAGGUGUUCUGGCACUAAUUUCAUUUUGUCAUUCAUUCUGAUCCAGUACGUUGGGGUGGUUCUCUGUUGCCUGCUGUGGCCUGGGACCAGCUAAAAUGGCCCUGUUGAGAAUCCAGGACAAUCGCUGUGAGUGUCACACUGCAAAGUGAUUUCUUUCUUCUGCUGCCUGUAAACGUGUUGGAACAUGAUCUUGGAAGCAGGACAUGGAAUUAGAGGCUUGCUAGCCUCUUGCAGAGAUGUUGGACGUUGCCAGUGAGGCUUCCUUCUAUUGGUUCAAAUUUAGAGUCAUCUGCUGGAGAAAGUUGUGCUGCUCCUUUUCUUACAAAUAUUUUGAUAUGGAAACAUUUGUAAAGCCUCAUCUUGAUCUUAUAUUUUAUUCAAUCUUCCUGUGAGUGGUAGCACUGGAACUGAGAGCAGUAUGGAGUUUGGGCUUUAAUCUGCAUUUGUCAGGUUUUUCUAGUACAUAACCAGGCAGGUAUGAGGUAUCAUAGUGUAGAUUUUAUUCUAAUACAAGUUCAGCAGAGUUUUAUGGCACUUUUGGAAAAUACCUAGAAGGAAGUCAUGGACAGAUAUCAGGCUGAACAUUUAAAAACACUCUCUGUCUCCUAGAUGGGAGCAGCCUUUCUUUGCAUCCAUAUGGAGCUGGAAAAUCUUGGAAAACAGCCAAUGUACACCUACACUUGAGAAUGCCCACUUGAACUGCUCUUUCUGUCUUGGACCACAGUGCUUUUACUCCGACCAUGCUCUCAGUUCUGUCCAAAUGUGGGAUUUAAGGAGGUGUGUGUCUGCACUUGAAACUUUUUGAGCUUGUUCCUCAAUACAGAAAGCACUCAUCACAUUCUUUGUGCUUCACGCAGACCAUUUGUAACAGCAAUGCAGAAAGACUCUGGGAACAGGGAAAUCAGCCUGUUUCUGAUGGCACCAGCCAGAAGAAAGUACAAGUUGCUCUGGUGUGUUUCCUCACAUUCACAGCAAGAAUUUUUUCAGCUGAUGAAAUAGAAUAGAUAAAUUUAGUAACAAGCUGGUGUUCUGCUGUUUUUUGACACAUCUUAACACCUAGCAUUUUCUCCUUCUGUAUUUGAAUCUGAAAGUGAGAUCUCUCAUAUACCCUUGAGGGAAAUAAACUUAGCAAUAUAAAUGCUCUUUCAGCAUUAAAUCUGAAUUCUUUGUGUAAUUAACAUCUAAACAUGGGCUUGAACAUUCUAAAGAGUUAGAGUGAUGGUAUUUGCUGCUUGCCAGUCCUCUUAAAGAUUCAGGUUUGAUUCUGGAGUCCUUAACAUAGUAUGUGAUACCCAGCAUCAAUGAAUAUAGGAUGUUUAAUGGCAAUAGCCAGAUAAACAAAAGUUACUAAAGUGUUUGUAAAAAGCUGUCUCUGGAAGACAGGAAAAAAGAAAACAGUUGAAACAGAUUUCCUCAGGGAACGUGAGAGGGCUGUAAAGGCAGAGGAUGCGAGUUUGUUUGAAUGGAAGAUGUCUAAGAGAAUGAUUUUUUUUUUCUAUUUUAGGCAAAAUGAAAAAAGCAAUAUGUCACUACUUGAAUUAUUAAAAUUAGAAUGAAGCACUAGUUGAUGAAUAUGAUCUUACUUAGUGCUGUAGCUUAGGAAGUUCCAAAUAAAAUAAAAAAAUGCAUAAAAAUACAAAAAUUAGCUUAAACCAUAAUUUUAAUGUAAAUCUAUACAUUUAUGUAAAUCUUUUCAGGGUCUAGUGUAAAUAUAAGGG